UUGCGUGGGAAGAGGUAUAUAAGGAGCCAGACGCAUUGCCGGAGUCACAUCGCCCUGUUCCGUCUCACCAAUCCUGCAGAGAUGAAGUACUUGGUGUUUGUGCUCCUGGUGGCUGCCGCUUGCGCUUCUGAGGUGGAGAAGCGAGAGGCGGAGCCAAGUCGUGCCUUAAACUAUGGCCACGGUGUCCACCAUCACGCCUACUACCACCCCUACCACACCUACCACAAGAGGUCCGCUGAGCCUGAGGCCGAAGCCGAACCUUCAUACGGUUCCUACCACUAUCCAGGUUACUACCGUCCCUAUUCCUACGUUCAUCACCAUCACAAGAGGUCCGCCGAUCCUGAGCCCGAAGCCGAUCCUUCUUACGGUUCGUAUCACUACCGUCCCUACGGCUACCAUAACACUCCUCACAUCCACCACCACUACAAGAGGUCCGCCGAGCCUGAGGCCGAAGCCGAGUCCUCUUACGGCUCCUUCAACUACUACCGCCCACGCCACUAUAUUCCCUCCGUCCACCACCACCACAAGAGGUCCGCUGACCCCUUUGCUGAGGCUGAAGCCAGUUACGGCUACAGGUCAUACCAUCCCGUGUACUACCCCUCCUACCAAUACACCCCCUACACUCACAGCCACUACAAAAGAUCUGCCGAGCCAGAAGCUGAUCCUGAUUUCAGCUAUGGCCAUCACCAGACCGCGUACCGUCCCUACCAUAGCAGAACUCACAAUGGUUACGGUUACCGCGUUCACCACCACUAAGGCACUGGAGUUAAUAUGUCCUGAAUAUCUCUAAAAGAUGUUUAUUUUGAAAGUUGAUAUUGGAAUAAAGUCAAUCUAAAUAUA